AUGGCAUCGACAUCGAUCGGAUAUCGCACAGCAGCAGCAGCAGUAGCAGCCCCUGGCCUCAUACACACACGCUCACAUACACACUCACGGAAUGAGGCGGAGAUCGGACGAGACGAGCCGGGAAGGAGCAACGGGACGAGUACCCGACGCACAACGUCUCAUUAUCCUCACGCUCCUCGGCGUCGCACUUGCAAAAUCCUACAGCUCGACGCGCUCGUGCCGUCAAGUGCGUUCUCGAUUCGCAUUUCCAGCAAUGCAUUCGCUUUUCUCGCUCGCUUAUCUACUCACUGUCACGCCCAUCACCCGUCGGCUCCGCCUUCAUUUCCACUUCUGUUUCUAGCGGCGUCGACAUCGUCGCUGCUGCCGUCGUCGGCGCGUGAUGCUCUUGAAUUCGUCCAAUUUCCAUAG